GAGAUCCUCAUGAGCUUUCAUGCUCAUAUUUGGUGUCCUGCAACAUAUUGAGGAUCGUUUCGAGGGCACUCCGCCUGGUCCUCGGCAUUUCCAGAUGGGUUUAUCCAGGCGGUGCUUAUAUCAACACAGACAAUGCAGAUAUCAAGAAGUAGUGUCUUUAUUCAAUAUUUAAUGGGUAGAUAGCUGCUGGUCAUGCUAAUGUUAUAGUUUACAAGCUUGCGCACGCCGCUGGAGACCUAUUCCAACUUGUUUGCACGGAUAACAAUACAAAAAACGUGCACUAAGUUAGUGGGUUUGUGGUCCGAUAAGAACAAUGAGUUCAUUUUGGUGAUAAAAGAUUGUAGAAUCUCCCAGGUUGCGAUCUAAUCUAAGCGAUUCCAGGUUGUGUGUUCGUUGCCAUUGCUGUGCCGGGAGUGGAGAGAUGUCAGCCCGCAGGAGUAGAUCGCAUCGGGCGCUCAGACCUGUGACUAUGAUUUUCAUCCUACUGUUUGUCAACAUUGCUGAAACGACUGCAGACGAAGACGCUUUUAACGCGGAGUCAUGGCUGAGGAUGUAUGGCUACCUGUCCCAGGCUAGCAGACAAAUGUCCACCAUACAAUCAGCCCAGAUCCUUUCAAGUGCCAUUAAGGACAUGCAGCGCUUCUAUGGCCUGGAGGUGACCGGACACAUGGACUUGGCCACUCUUAAUGCCAUGAAAAGACCUCGCUGUGGAGUUCCUGACCGUUUUGAGGAGUCAACAGAGGGAGGUACUCGCCGUAAGCGGUACGCACUUACUGGCCACAAGUGGGAUCAGGACAGGCUGACUUACAGCAUUCAGAACCACUCACCCAAAGUGGGCCAGGAGCAGACCUACGAGGCUAUUCGCAAAGCCUUCCAGGUUUGGGAGAAAGUAACGCCUCUGAGGUUCAAGGAGGUCCCGUAUCAUGAGAUAAAGAAUGGCAGUGAGGGGCCUGACAUAAUACUACUGUUUGCCUCUGGAUAUCAUGGCGAUAUGUCUCUCUUUGAUGGGGAAGGAGGCUCUCUGGCACAUGCUUUUUUCCCCGGUCCUGGAAUGGGAGGAGACACACAUUUCGAUAUAGACGAGCCAUGGACCUUGAACCAACGGGAGAGCUCAGGCAUCGACUUGUUUCUGGUUGCAGUUCAUGAGUUGGGUCAUGCGCUGGGGUUGGAGCACUCCAACAACCCUUCUGCCAUAAUGGCGUCUUUCUACCAGUGGAUGGACACAGAUAGCUUCUCAUUGACUGAAGAUGAUAUAAAUGGCAUUCAUCAGAUCUAUGGACCUCCAGAGACUGUCACCACUCAAGCACCUCCCACCACAACCCUGUUUACAACCACUGCCGAGCCGGAGCCCACCACUACAGUGGCCCAACAGAAAACAACCAGAGCCUCGCUGCAGCCCACCAAGCCCUGGGUGCCUCCGGUCCACCCCACCAGGAGGUCCCAUAGACCCCAGCCCACAGCUCGCUCAGAUCAGGAUGCACCUGACAUCUGCGAGGGGAACUUUGACACGGUGACCGUGUUAAGAGGGGAGAUGUUUGUGUUCAAGGGUCGUUGGUUCUGGAGGGUUAGGAGGAACCGGGUUCUGGAUAAUUACCCAAUGCCAAUCUCCUUCUUCUGGAUGGGGCUUCCAGAGGACAUAGAUGCUGCCUAUGAACGGCAUGAUGGGAAAUUUGUAUUCUUUAAAGGAAGUAAAUACUGGCUUUUCAGAGAAGCAGACGUGGAGCCCGGAUACCCUCAGGACUUGUUUCGUUAUGGUCAAGGCAUGCCUGACAAAGUGGACACAGCAGUGUGGUGGGAACCAUCUGGCUAUACGUACUUCUUCAGAGGAGACAGAUAUUGGCGUUUUAGCGAAGAAUCCCGUGCCAUGGAUAAAGAUUACCCUAAAUCAGUGAGCGUGUGGGGAUCCAUUCCUGGCUCCCCGAAAGGGGCCUUCCUCAGUGAUGAUGGAGUGUACACGUACUUCUACAAAGACACCAAAUACUGGAGGUUCGAUAACAAGCAAAUGAAGGUUGACGCUGGAUACCCAAGAUCCAUUUUAAAUGAUUUCAUGGGCUGCCGGGUGCACUUUGAUGCAGAAACUAAUGUAAAUCCCGACCAUCGAUCACCUGAAACGAAUGACAAGAAUCAAGACCCUGACGACCACAAAAAUGGUGAUGAAGAAGAUGAGAAAAAGGAAGUAGAUGUCAUUCUAAGAGUGAAAGAGACUGAUGAACACUUCAUGACCCUCAUCUUGGUGACUGUUCCUCUGGUUCUGGUGCUGUGCAUUCUGGGAGUCAUAUACAUCAUUAUCACCACACUCCAAAGGAAAGAGACACCAAAAGUGUUAGUUCACUGCAAAAGGUCCCUGCAGCAGUGGGUCUGAUAACAUUCGCACACUUUCGCUACCCAGUAGCCGAAUCCUUCUGCACGUUCGUUUUCUAAGAGACACACACACCUUGUCGUUCAUGGUGCUCAUCCAAUCAAAAACCCUGUUCCCAAUGUAGAAUUUGCACUUUUGAUUGUUUUGUGGUUAUUUUUUAUGUUUGUGAGUGAUUUGUCCGUCUGCGAGGUUUCUGUGUUUUUCUCUUGAGCCCGUUCGGUUGUACACUGUGGGAAAUGUUGGAUGUAUGAAAACAAGCUCAGAUCAGCACAUUUCUUUCACAUCCUCUGCUAACCGGCCUCAAUAAUGGAGGAAACCGCAAACUCCGUGGCGAGGUCUUGCAGAAAGCACAGGGUUUAAGAGAAAAGUCAGGCUUAAUAAAUUGUCUCACGCACAU